AUGAGGGGAACGCGCCACUUUCUGGCAGUCGCGCAGCCAAAGCUUUCCCAAGCCGCUGGCCAGUCUGGGAAGCAAAAGGCAGUAAUGAUAGAGCCUGAGGACAAAGAAUCCUCCCCUGAUGACGAUGACAUGCAAACGAUAAGAGCCCUCUGUUUGUUCGCCACAGGUCCUCGAGACAUGCUGAAGAAGGAUCUUCAACUGUUGAUCAUAGAUGACAGCUCGCCGGAGGCUGAAAAUAGAGUACUGCUAUUGGAUGCACCUCGCGAGGAACCAAGCGACGUUCCUGUCCUGGAACAGAUAGCGCCUGACUCAAUUCCUGUUCCCAGCGAAGCUAGCCCAGAGACAAUGCUAGCGAUCAUUGUGUAUGAGCCCCCAAUCGAAGAGGUUCCAAACGUCGUUGGAACUGGGGACGAUGUAAUCGGAGCAGUAGAAGCAGAAGCUGCUGAGCCUGUUCCUAACGUGGUUGAUCAGGAACUUCCUCCCCCUGCCCCCCAAGUCGCUGAAGCUGAAGAAUUGGAAGACCUUCCUGAACCAACGCCGGAGGUACCUGAACCAGUGCCAGAAGUACCUAUCGCUGAACCUCCUGAGGCCCCUGUCGCUGAGCCUCCUACUCCCUCUACUUUGGAAAGGGUCUUAGAAUACUUGAGGGUGCUCCUCCGCGAGGGAGCCAUCACUGAGGAACAAUUCCAGGAAAUCGAUCAACUGUUGCAGGAUCUUCCUCAAGGGCUCAACGAGCGGGCAGUCGCGAAUGCGCAAGCCAGGCAGACCGAAAUGCAUUAUCAGAACCUUACUCAGCAAACGGAGACCGCGCGCGACUUCUUGGAACCUCAGUUGGAACAACCCCUCGCUGCUCUCGAGACGCUAUCCCAAGAACUGGCUCAGGCACGCGUGGCAGCCCAACAAGCCGCACAAGCUGCUGCGGAUGCCAGUUUUCGUUUGGACAAACUCUUCCUUCGCCUGACCCAUGCAGGCCGAAGACUUUUGGGCCCCUAG